GGCGGAAGUGGCUCGGUGCGGCGGCGCGAUGUCGGCCAGCGCCGUCUACGUGCUGGACCUGAAGGGGAAGGUUCUCAUCUGUCGAAAUUACCGUGGAGAUGUGGACAUGUCGGAGGUGGAGCAUUUUAUGCCGAUCCUUAUGGAAAAGGAAGAAGAGGGGACACUGUCUCCCAUCCUGGCACACGGAGGAGUUCGUUUUAUGUGGAUUAAACAUAACAACCUCUAUCUUGUUGCAACUUCCAAGAAAAAUGCUUGUGUAUCACUCGUGUUCUCAUUCCUCUAUAAAGUAGUUCAGGUUUUUUCUGAGUAUUUCAAGGAGCUGGAAGAGGAGAGCAUUCGGGAUAAUUUUGUUAUUAUUUAUGAGUUGUUAGAUGAGCUUAUGGAUUUUGGUUAUCCACAAACCACCGAUAGUAAAAUUUUACAAGAGUACAUCACUCAGGAAGGUCACAAACUUGAAACUGGAGCUCCACGUCCGCCUGCCACUGUGACUAAUGCUGUUUCAUGGAGAUCAGAAGGGAUAAAAUACAGGAAAAAUGAAGUGUUCCUGGAUGUUAUAGAGUCCGUUAACCUGUUGGUCAGUGCCAAUGGAAAUGUAUUACGGAGCGAGAUUGUUGGGUCCAUUAAAAUGAGAGUCUUUCUCUCAGGAAUGCCGGAGCUUCGCCUUGGGUUAAACGACAAAGUUCUCUUUGAUAACACAGGCCGUGGCAAAAGUAAAUCAGUAGAACUGGAAGAUGUAAAGUUUCACCAAUGUGUUCGUCUCUCUCGCUUUGAAAAUGACAGGACGAUUUCUUUCAUUCCACCUGAUGGAGAGUUUGAACUCAUGUCAUAUCGUCUUAAUACCCACGUAAAACCACUGAUCUGGAUUGAGUCUGUGAUUGAAAAACAUUCCCACAGUCGCAUCGAGUACAUGAUCAAGGCAAAAAGUCAGUUUAAACGUAGAUCAACUGCCAACAAUGUGGAGAUUCACAUUCCAGUUCCCAAUGAUGCAGACUCACCAAAGUUCAAAACCACGGUUGGAAGCGUCAAAUGGGUUCCAGAGAACAGUGAGAUUGUCUGGUCCAUUAAAUCUUUCCCAGGUGGAAAGGAGUAUCUGAUGAGAGCUCACUUUGGACUUCCAAGUGUUGAAGCUGAAGAUAAAGAAGGAAAACCUCCCAUUAGUGUCAAGUUUGAGAUUCCAUAUUUCACCACAUCGGGAAUCCAGGUCCGUUACUUAAAGAUAAUUGAGAAGAGUGGCUAUCAGGCUCUCCCGUGGGUUCGUUACAUUACCCAGAAUGGAGACUACCAGCUUCGAACACAGUAAACGCCUUGCAAGCACCACAGAAGACAAAACUUCAAGCCUAGAAUUUGUUUGCGAAGACCUCUGUGGUACUGAGAGCUGUGAAUGUUGUUGCCAAGGUCUUGUAUCUACAAACACGGAUUGUGCAGGAGAAAGAUGGGAAAUUUACUGUUUUCAAUAAUGUGUUUGAGCGUAUGAACCAUUAGUAUCGAUUGUGAGGAUAUUUAUUUCAUUCAUUGAACAUGCUGAUCUUGCUGCUAAAUGCAAUUACAGUAGGAGUAGCAGUUAUCUUGAGGAGACAGGAAUCCAGAAUGAACCUUGAGAAUGUCUUGUCAAUGCCUUGUCAGUUGUACUCACAAAGUCUUUAGUAUUCAUAUUUUAGAGUCUUUAAAGACAUUGGCAGCACUGUACUACAAAUUAGAGAGAUGAUUGUGCAAUUCCAUGACUGCUGAACGCGUAGUUGUAUUUAGCCCAAAGUAUUUAUUUUUUCCUCCRGGGCAUCUGGGUGCCUUAACUCAUUCAAAGCUCUGUUAACUUAUAAAGAUUUACUGAAUAAGAGUUAAAACUAUCCCAAGUCCAAAAAAUCGUUUGUGCUUUUUGAAUGGUUUUUCAACUUAAUUCGUCUUGAGGAACAGCUUCAUUAAGUUUACAGGUGUGUUAAAGACCAAGUUCACAGAAAGCAAGAGUUCACAAACCUACAUUCAGUGGGAACAUCUCUGUGGAAGCAUGAUGAUUGCUGGUUCAGAUUAGUUCAGGUGCAAGUUGAAAAGAUCCAAUACAUUAUAAAAACCCUAUGCCAAUUAAGUACUACUUGCUUUUUCUUUAUUAGUAAGAUGAAAUUCAAAAGUAUAAUGUGUAGGUAUAAGACCUUAGAUGAAGUAAUUCAAAGGACCAAAACAGUUGUGGAGGCAAUGAAAUUUAAUAGGAAGAUAGUGGAUUUUUUCUUUUUUUUUUUUUGCCAAAUAGCAGUAACAUUCUCCAGCCUCUUCCUGACAAUUGAUUGUUGUUUAUGGAGAGGCUGAUGGAAAUACAGUUACCGUUUCUCUUCUGUUUCUUGCCUUUGUGUCCGUUUUGGGCAGAUUGUUCCGGUUUUUGCUAUAAUUCUCUGGAGUUAUUUGCCCUGAAAGGGAUGCUUGCUUUCUCAGUCUCCUCCAUUUGUAAACAACUGUUGUUAUAAGCUUCCUGGCAGAAUGCAGAGCAGUUCAGAAUGUUGUGCUUAAAAGGUGUCUUUUCUUUUUUUUUUCUUUCUUAAUUUUUUUAUCAUGUUGUUUCUUUUUUUUUUUUCAGAGAAAAUAAGAUUGGCAUGGGUGUAUAUAGUUCUGAUUUCAGAUUAAAAAAGAAAAACAAUUCAGUAUUUUCUUUAUUUUUUUUAGAAUGUUUUUUGUUUGAGUUUAGUACUCCUGACAGAUGCUGAAUUUGAACUGCUGAAAGCUCAGUAUGUGUCCCUGAACUUGAUGUAAUAUAUAGAGAGCUCUGUUGACUCUGCCAUAACGUUGGAAAGAUAUUCUGCUCAUUGUCCCCGUUAAAUCCUUGUAGAAUAUAAGUACCUACGCUAUAUAUUAUUAGGAAAAAAAUUGAUUAAAUUCCCCUGAGAUGCAGCUUCU